AUGGCGAGCACGGAACAAGCCUGCUAUCUCCUGCUCCUCCUCGCUCCUGAGAGCCGCAACUGUCUCUUGCGAGACGUUCUUGAUCGUGAACAGCAUGACAUGAAAGUGAUGUUUUCGGCUCUUAUCAGGCCACUUGUGGUGCAUCUCGACGAGCAAAGUGUCAAGUUGCUGAUAGAUAAGACUAUGACCAAGACAGCAGUCAUGUUGCCCUCAGACCUCACCGACCUCGUCCGCCAUGUCAUGCCGGGCAUUUCGUUCCUUGCCGAGCGAGAAGCUGAGAGAGGGCAUGCCGAGGACCCCAGAGAGACAAGGAUAGGUUGGAUUCCAUUGUUGAGCUCAACGAGAUUGUUUCCCGACACAAGAGACAUCUUGCUCACGUUGAGCUCGCCAGGGUGUCAGGAGCUGGAAGUCUUGCAAGAGAUCAGAACCUUGCUCGGCAUCACCCGGAACGCGAUUGCUGCGCCCAAACUGAAAAGUGUUCAAGGGACUAUGAACCAGCACUGGCUUGCUUGUCUUGCUCGCACGAGAGUAGAUGGCGAUGGUGUGUCUCCCAAGAUUGACUGUUUGAGUCUCCCAGGAGAACCGACGCGUGAGAUCUCCGAGAUAGAGGAGACGGUGAACAAAGUCGACACGGUCGCCAUCUUGGCUCUCCUUCAUCCGAGGCUGCUGGUGGAGAAGAUGGUGAUGGAGGUGGCGGUUAAGAGGAGGCAGCCGAGCUUCGCUUUCAGCUGCUUGUCAACCUUCAGCGAGCUGCUCGGGUUCGUCAUGCUGGCGCUUGUGCGCGUUGACUUGUCGUGGAGCACGGCGAGCAGACCCCAUCGUAUCAAAACUGCACGGGAAGCUCAGGGGGGGAUCUCUGGGUUCCUAGUGGAUCUUGGGACGAAGAUGGGAGAGGAGGCUCUGAGGAUGUUUGCUGACAAGCUUGCGGAGCACGUCAGAAGGAAGUCCCAGGAGCUACUCGAGCGAAACCGAAACAGCAUGCGCCGCACGUUCACAGUGACUCUGACUCAUGGCUCAGACAGCGACCGUACGCUGCAGGUCGCUUCCCUCCUCGAAGCUUGCUGCUCACGUCUCUUCUUCCUCCGCGAGGCCGCCCCGAGCAUCGUCUCGCUCCUGCAGGCGGCAGGUGACGUCAGCACCCGCAAGUCCUCGGCCUUCUCUCUCUUCAUGCAAGCUUGCACGACUAUCCUGGUCAGCAGCAACACCAGCAAGACGCAGGAGCACCUCCUAGCAGGGCUCGCGGCGUCGACUCGCUCGUAUCUGCAGGGCAUGGAGAGGAAGGGACCUCUGCUACCUCUCAGCUCCUGUGCCAUGCUCAAGGACGUCACGGCAGAGGCUUCGAGUGAGACUCCUUUCCUCCACUUGAUCUUGAGCUCUGAAAGUGUUGGAGGUCUCCAAGAGCAGCUGCUGGCUAUCGUCCUGAGCAUCCUUGCUUCAAUCCGCGACCUAGUGCUCAAAGGCAGCGAGGAAGACCAAAGGGACGUCAAGGCCGACAUAGCGCGAUCGAUCAGAUCUCUCAAAUCAGCUCCGCAGGAGGAGCCGCUCAUGGCAGUGCUGCGGACUAUGGGGGAGUGCGAGGAUAGGAGAGCUGGCGGGGAAGGGGCAGGGGAGGACGGGGAGGAAGGAGAGAGAGGAGUAGGAUGA